UUUAUGCCACACUUUCUCAAAAAAGAAAUAUUAUUACCCUUUCCAUAUUUCAUCACACGGCAUAAACACGUGGCUCAAUCUAUGAACUUGACCAAUUUACACGAACCGGCACGUGUGUCCCACAACACCUCACAUUUCUCUCCUUCUCUGUCUAUCAUCAUCACUCCGAACAUGCCGUACCUAACCACAACAGAAAACAAAAAAACUGAAAACCUUCUUUUUUUUCUUUCCUCUUAAAAAAAACAAAACCAAAAGAGAAAAACCAAAACCAAACCCAUUCUCUCUGAAACAAAAUAAAAAACUGAUUUUUGCAAGCAACCCAUUUAAUCUCAAACCUUCAAUUCACCAAAUCCAGCUUCUAAUUUCAAUUUCCAUUCGAUUCAUUUUUCGUUAAUAUAAUUAGAGUUCGGUCUCUGGUAGCCACAAAAAUGCCGGAGAUCGAACAAGCGACGGCGGCGGAAGUAACAGCCUUAUUCGGAAAAUAUGAAUUGGGAAGAGUCGUUGGUUGCGGCGCGUUCGCGAAAGUGUACUACGCGCGCAACACACAAACAGGACAAAGCGUAGCGGUGAAAAUAAUCAACAAAAAGAAACUCUCCGGAACAGGUCUCGCCGGAAACGUGAAACGCGAAAUCUCAAUUAUGAGUCGUCUUCACCACCCUCAUAUCGUGUGUCUCCACGAAGUUCUCGCUACCAAGACGAAAAUCUAUUUUAUAAUGGAUUUCGUUCGUGGUGGAGAACUCUUCGCUAAGAUCGCAAAGGGUCGGUUCAGCGAAGAUCUCAGCCGUAAAUAUUUUCAUCAAUUAAUCUCAGCCGUUGGAUAUUGUCACUCGCGUGGCGUUUUUCAUCGUGAUCUUAAACCGGAGAAUCUUUUGUUGGAUGAAAAUGGAAAUUUAAAAGUUUCGGAUUUCGGUUUAAGUGCGGUUAGAGAUCAGAUCCGACCCGAUGGGUUGCUUCAUACACUUUGUGGGACCCCUGCUUACGUGGCACCGGAGAUUCUAGGUAAGCGAGGCUACGAUGGAGCUAAGGUUGAUGUUUGGUCAUGCGGCGUCGUUUUGUUUGUUCUUGCGGCUGGUUACCUUCCAUUCAACGACCAGAAUUUAAUGGUUAUGUAUCGGAAAAUCUACAAAGGGGAAUUCCGGUGUCCACGUUGGAUGUCACCGGAUCUCCGGCGAUUUUUGUCGAAGUUACUUGAUACAAACCCGGAAACCCGAAUCACUGUCGAUGGAAUGACCCGAGAUCCGUGGUUUAAGAAAGGGUACAAGGAGAUAAAGUUUCAUGAAGAAGAUUAUGGAUCCGGGUCAGGGAGCGGGGUUGGAUUCGGGUGUAAGGGUGAUGGGUCGGAGGUGUUGGAUUUGAACGCGUUUGAUAUUAUAUCUUAUUCCUCGGGUUUGGAUUUAUCCGGGUUAUUCGGGGAAUUUGAUGGGGUGGAGCGAUUUGUUUUAAGGGAGUCGCCGGAGAGGAUAUUAGAGGUGGCGGAGGAAGUGGGAACGGCGGAGGGAAUGGCGUUAAGGUGGAAGAAGGAAUGUGGGGUGGAGUUGGAAGGUUUAAAUGGUAAUUUUGGAAUUGAGAUUGAGGUUUACCGGUUAACGGCUGAGAUGGCGAUGGUUGAAGUUAGGAGAAGAGGAAGCGAUGUUGCGGCGUUUAGUAAUUUGUGGGAUGAGAAGCUUAAGCCUCAGUUGUUGUUAGGUGUUGCAACCACUUCGCAUGAACAUGAACAUCAACCGCAGUUGCCGGUUGCCGGUGAUUGAAAUUAACUGGUAUUUAUUUUCUCACUAUUAUUUUACAUUUUUAUAUAAAAAUGUUAACUCACAAUCCAAAAUUGUACAAAGUAGAAGAAAAAAACGCAAAAGAAAGAAAAAAAAAGCUUUGGCUGUGUGGCUGCCAAAACAAUGAAGAUUGGUGGAGUAGGAUGUUUGUGUGAGACAUGGAUCGAACUGGAAAAAGGAAGGUCGAAUUGGAUGCUAGUAAUAUGUAUUAUUUGAUCCUCAGAUGAACAAUUCACACGAAAAAAAUAAAAUGAUUAAUGUAAAUCAUUAAUCAUAAAUUAAUUAUGAGUAAUUACAAUAAUAACUAUUGUUCUGUAUAUAUUAUUAAAUUAAAUAUAAAUAUAAAUAUUUGAG